AUGAAAAAAAAAUUAGAAAAAAUAAUUGAGAGAAGAACUUUUAUAAAUAAUUGGUUGAUUUAGUUUUACUAAUUCAUGAUGAUGUCUUAUCAAGUAUAAUAAAUUCAGAGUUUACAAAGUAUGAUUUAUUAAAACAUUAUUAUUAAUAACUUCCAUCUAAACGAACAUAAUAAUUUGAGAACGCAAUGAAAGGAUUGCAUCUUCUUUAAAAAUAGGAAUUUAGAAAUAAAGAACUGGAAAAAUUGGAUAAAAAAGUUUAAUAAUUGAUGGAAGAAAUCCAUUAUAGGAAUCAAGGAAAUCUCCUUUUUUAUCAUAGCUAAGAUUGUAUCAAUCAUCUGAAGGGAUUGAUUUGAGCGCAUCUUAAGAUAUUGAUCCUAAUUUUAAAAAUAUAGUUGUAUUAAAUGAAAAUUUAAGAGGAUUUGGUUCUAGAUAAAGAUCAUAUUUUGAUUAUGAUAAAAAUACAGUAUUUAAGAGAUAGAAAGGGAAUCCUAAAAAUAUAUAUUUAGAAAUAAUAUGA